AAAUCUGAGCGAACCGCCUUUGUUUUUCUAGUUUUGUGUAGGCCACUCCCCCAUGAGAAACACGCUUUAUAAGCAGGGAUAUAGUUAUAAAGAUGGGGAAAGUGUUUAAAGAGACGUCGUUUCUCAAAACAAGUGUUGCCAAGUCCCACGGAAUCGCGCCUCCCCCGCAAUGCUGAUUUGACCAGAAACUCACCAAAAAGUGAUUUUUACUGGCUGUGGUAUUUACUGUAACAGUUUUUGGCUGCACCACAGUUUAACCACAAAUACCGCAAAACCACCAUUGAUUGUUUUCUUUUGUUUUUGGAGUAAAAAAAAUUGGAAAACCUGGCAACCCUACGCACUCCGAGGUAGUAGGUGGCGGCACGCGCGCGCUUUACGACCGCUCGCGAGCCGCCAUUACGCCGAAAGAAGGAGAUCCGACCCGUAAAACCCGCGGAGGGUCGCGUCGCCGCGCCUGCCCGCGCGUUUCCAGCGAUUAUGUAAACGAGGCCCGCGACCGGGGGAGACCGGGGUGUCGUUCGCGCGCGAUGACCGGGAGAUCGUGGACCCCCGAGGCGGAGGAGACCCUGAUCGAGCUCUGGCAGGAGUCUGCAUGUCUGUACGACAUCUCCUCCGCCGAUUACCACAACCGAGAGGAGAAGGACAGACGCUGGCGGGAGGUCGCCGACGCGCUGCAGAUGCCCACGGAGGCGGUGGCCACGAGGGUGGCGUCUCUGAGGACUCAGUACGCCCGGCUGAGGAAACCCAAAGCAGGCGGGAGCGAGAAGAAGCCGCUCACCAUGAGGCAGCGCUGGCUCCUGAGGGCCCUCGACUUCCUGAAGCCCCACAUCGUUCACCGGCGGCACGAGAACACCCUGGGUUUGCCGUGCUCCGAUAAAGCGGAGGAGACUCUGGACGAGUCGGACGAAAUGUCUCAGGAGACGGAUAAAGAAGCGGACAGCCUCGACUCCAUCAGCGUGUGCCUCUCGCCGAUGCCCGGCACCCCAGACACCGGCCUGCCCGAGGAGACCGCCUCGUGCUCGCCGUCGCCCCGGAGCACGCUGGGCAAGCGCUCGCGCUCCUCCGACUCCGACAUCGAGCUGCAGAAGCUGGAGGUGCUGAAGCAGAUGUCCGCCAAGGUCCUGGAGAACCCGGCCCCGGACGCGGCCUCCGUCUUCUCCGGCCAGGUGGCCAUGGAGUACCGGCUGCUGAGGGACCCCGGCGUGCAGAUGCGCGUGCGCCGCCAGAUCAUGGCUCUGCUCUACGAAGCGCAGGACUCCGAGAGACGCUCGCGGCAGGCCAAGAGACACCAGCAGAGAGAGCUCAAGACGGAGGAGGACGCCGCUUGGAUCAACGACGUUUAAGCUCGGGAGGGAUGGGGGUCGUUCGUUGAUGCUGAGAUGCUGGUGGCUUUGUUUGCUCGGUAGAGCCGUAUAAUGCAAAGCACAGAACAAUUGAGGCGGGAGAAACCUCGUAAAGACCUGUUUGCGCGAGCAGUUUUUACGCGCACAUAGAUACACACGCAUAGAUUCUCGUUAGCGGCUGUUUCUAUGGGCCGCGGUACGCAAAGCAGCGCAUCUAUGCGCGUACAUCUAUGCGCUCGAUAUGAGUCGCACUUUCUUUAGUAUUAGAGGUUAAAAAAUUAUAUAUUAAUAAUGUUCGGUUUCGCGACUUGGGAUAUCAGCGUAUCGUAACGAGACGAGUUUAAUUUGGUUUACUUUUAUUUUAUUUUUAUUAUUAUUAUUAUUUUUUUUUUAACCAAAAAUUGUGUCUUGACUUCCGUUAUAUGACCGACGUUUCGAGUAAAAAAUAAAUAAAUCAAUAAAAAAACCUAAAUCUCACGUUUUCGUUUUCUGCGUGAACUGACGUCUACCCCUUUAACGCCGCGCUCGUUUUCUACGCUGUACUGACGUAUUUUUCUCAGCCUUUGACGUCAUCUACGCGUCAGAUAAUAAAACGCUUGCAGCUCCA